AUGGCUUCCCGUCGUCCACAGUCUCCCCCCCUUGAUGCCUUUGACUGGAUGUCCCAAGACGACUACGCACGCAUGACACAAGCCCAACCAGCAGGCAACCCCCAAGACGACAUGGGGAACUGGCAGUUUGAGGGUACCGCCGAGGCGAUCUUUGGUUCCUCCAAAUCCCCCGUUAAAACCAGCCCCUUUAUUCUAGCCGAUCAAGAAGCCAAAACCAAGUCCCCAACAACAACAACGGUUCCGAAACAGGACUCGAGUUCAAACCCCUCUAAGCCCGUUAGUCCGGGGGGCCUCCUCCGCCAGAAGAGCCUCGGUCCUGGACCGUCCACUCACGAGCGCUGGGAUGACCACCCCGAGAGACUGUCGCAUAGCCAUAUUCAGCCGAGGAGCAGUGUCAACUUGGGCAGAACUUCGAGCCAAAAGAGCACCGAAUCCGCCCCGGCUGCGGCGGUCAAUGUGUUUUCCCUGAAGGGAAAGGGCAAAGCACCGCUCUACGCAGCCCCGUCAAGUGCUACCACAACGACGGUGUCCCUGACAACUACCGCAGUGACUGCCACGUCGACCGCAGAAGAAAAGGGGAUGCUAGCUAGGGCGAAGGAGAAGCUCUUCGGGGCGAAAGGGCAACAGCAGGAUACCUCGCAGACAACAAAGGUGAUCGAAGUUGAACACGAUCAUAUUCGCAGGGAGGUUCAAAUCUCUGCAGAGACUGAAGAAGUCAGGCACUCCCAAGAGAUGGGAGAGGAGCAGGAUAUCCUUGACAGGCUCCGCCGGCUGGAAGGCAUGCCUCCUCGCAAGCCCUCUCGUUCGUUGCGGGCCCCGUCAAGCGAACAAAAGGACGGCAAGGAAAAAGAGAAAGAGACAAAUCCCGAACUUGCGAACCGGCCCCUGGGACGGAGGUCUUUGGGCAGAAGAGACGUAAGGCCGGAAACCGGGCUGUCAGUUGAUAUGGACAAUGACAACGGUGAGGAAACUAAUGUUGGCGCGCCUGGACGCUCAAGUUAUAACGAGACCAAUACCCAAGGGCGCUCGGGGUACAACGGCAUCAGCACCCAGCGGCAUUCAAGUUAUCAUGGCAUAAACACACAGCUGACUGUCGACGAAACGUUUGUUGCUACAUCUGGUCGUUCAGGAUACGACGGGAUCAACACUCAGAGCCGAUUGGGUUACAACGGUGUAAGCAAACAAAUUGCUGACGAGGACGCAGCCGUUGGCAUGUCCGGUCGUUCAGGGUACAAUGGCAUCAACGCUCAGGGGCGGUCUGGCUAUGGUAGCAUCAACACACGAGGUAAUGAUGAGGCGAUGCCUGUCGGCUCAUCUGGACGCUCUGGUUACAACGGCAUCAACAAGCAAGUCAGCGACCAAGACACGACCAUCGGCACGACGGGGCGCUCUGGGUAUAACGGUAUCAGCAUCCAAGGGCGUUCAGGCUACGAUGGCAUCAACAUUGAAGGACGUUCCAGGCACAAUGGCAUCAACAGGCAUGUCAAUAACGAGGAAAAGGCCGUCGGUGCAUCUGGCCAUUCAGGUUACAACGGUAUCAACACACAGGGGCGUUCUGGUUACAACGGGAUGCAUCUCCACGUGGAAGGAAAUGGAGUUGAGGAGGACAUUGAUGUUCGUCCGACUGGACGUUCCGGAUACGACAGCAUCAACAAGAAGGUCAGCGAUGAAGAAAUGGCUGGUGGCACAUCUGGACGGUCGGGCUACAAUGGCAUACAUUUGCAUGUGGAAGCAAAUGGCGUCAACAACCCCAACGCGGCGCCGAGCCCCGGUGCUGAUGCGGCUGGCUGCUCAGGCUACAACGGCAUCCAUCCUCAAAACCGCGGUCGUUCGGGAUACAAUGGCAUUGACAAGCACCGCAGGGCGACAGGUGAUGAAGUUGAUGUCGAGGGGCGCUCCGGAUACAACCUUGUCAACACUCAGAUCGUUGAUGACGACACAUCCGUUGGUGAAUCAGGCCGCUCAGGGUAUAAUGGCAUUCAUCGUCAUCCACAAGAGAGUGGCCGUUCGGGAUACAAUGGCAUCAGUACGCAGGUCACCCAAAACGAGACGUCCGUUGAUGCAUUCGGACGCUCCGGCUCCAACGGCGAACACCCGGUGCAGGCAACCAACGAAGAGGAGGAAGAAGUUGGCAUCGAUGGGCUGACGAUUGUCCUGCACCUGAGGGGCAAGGAGGACCUGGUGAUCAGUGCCGAUCUGAGGGGUGAGAAGCAUGUUGCCUGA